AUGUCGAAAAAACGUUUUACGGAAGAAGAGGUGAUGGAGAUGCUCAUGGACAGUGAUUUUGAAGGUUUGUCCGACGAUGAAGACUUGGAACUCGUUCCUAAUUGUUCGAAUGUGGCUUCUUCAAGUGAUUCCGAUUCUAACUACAAUGCAGAAUCUGAUAAUGAAGAAGAAAAUAUUGCUGAACAAGAGUUGGUUGAUGCAAAUGAAAGCCACUCAAAUCUUCAAAAUAAAAAACCGCUUAAAUGGCUAGCCAAAGAAUUUGUCGUGGGUAAUACUCCCGCUGCCGACGAGGCAUGGAACGCAGAAGAUAGAUUUGAGUGGACACCUUUCCAAUAUUUCUCGGAGUAUUUUGACGACGAUUUUUGGCGCGAAAUUUCACAACAAAGUAAUACGUACGCUCUAGAAAACGGCCAAAAUUUGUAUUCAAACUAUAAUGAGUACAAGAAACUAUCUGGGGCCCACAUACUUGCUGGUUGCAUGAAACUUCCGCGCGUAAGGAUGUACUACCGACCUGCUAUUAAUGUUCCAGCCAUUACACAGAUACCAAGGGAUCGAUUUUUUAAAUUAAGAAAUUAUAUGCAUUUUGUCGACAACUUAAGAGCUACACCACAAGAAAAAGAAAACAACAAAUUGUGGAAAGUUGAACCAAUAAUAAAAGCCGUUUUGAAAAAAUGUCAAUUGCUACCAAAGCCAGCAAAACUGAGCAUCGAUGAACAAAUGAUUCCAUUCUCUGGUACCACGCAAUUGAAACAAUAUGUUAAGGGGAAACCCUGUCCUGUUGGUUUGAAAAAUUUUGCAACCACGAUUUAG